AUGACGCUGCUGACACAGCAGGCUUGGCUCCUGUUCUCUGUGCUUUUCCUGAAACUCAUCUGCUGUGAGAGGCAAUUUGGCAUCCUAGGAGAAAAUUUUACUUUUAAAGAGGAAUUAUACCAAAAACCAUUUGAAAUUAUUUGGAAGAAAGACAAGAAUAAGGUGGCUGAAUGGGAAGGGCAAGACCAAGUGACAUACUUCUGGGACAGAGGCUCACUUAACAAGGAAAAUGGGUGGUUGACUAUACAUCACUUGGAAAAGUCUGAUGCGGGCGAAUAUGUAUUGGAGUAUGUAGAUUUUGAAAAAGGAAGUUACUACAAAACCCAUGAACUUAUUGUCCUAGAUCCCCCUUCAGAACCUGAAAUAAGUUGCAACAUCACUGAUGUUAUUAACUUAAGAUGUACAACGGAUUUCCGUCUGCCUGUGAAUUACAUGUGGAAGAUUGGUAGUGAGACACAACCUAGUCACGACCCAGAAAUUUCCAUCCCUAAGAAUUAUGGUCCUUCCACAACAGUUACGUGUUCCGUUAAACCCUCUCAAACAGAGAAGAGCUCUCAAAUCAGUUUGGCUCAAUGCUCGCAAGCUGAAGAAGACAAUGAAUUGGACCAGGAGAAUGGUCCUGUAAUAGACCAGCACAGGAUGAAAAACGGUGUGAAUCAGAACGGAUUUAUUCAGGAGAACAGACCCCAGAGGUCUCGGAGUACAGCUGACUGUGGUGUAAGUAAUGGAGACACCCUUGAGGAGAACAGCAUCUUGCUGGACAAGUGUGGAGAUGACUGUGGUAUAAAUGGAGGAAUGACCCAGGGUGGAGAAGGUGUAAAUGGAUAG